AUGACUUUCGAUGGUAAAAUGGUAAAGCCAGAUAGAAGAAGAGGUAUAAUUAGAGUAGUUGCGGAUUUCCAAGGCAUGAAGCAAUUCUAAUGGCUAGAUGCUGACACUAAAAAUCCUAUCGAUGUAUUACCUAUAUAAAUUUAUUAGAAUUCAAAUAGAGCUUUUAUGUUUUUCCCGAUGAUAUUAAGUUUGAGAAAGUAAAGCAGAGUAAGGACAGAGUGUAUCUCCUUGAAUUUAAGACCACUUAAUAAAGGCACUUUUAUUGGAUGCAGGUAAGCAAAAUUAACUAUGCAGAUUCAAUAAUCAUAAAAUUAGGAAGCAGAUAAGGAAAAAGAUGCUGAGAACGCCAAGAAAGUGCACAAUAACCUCAAUAAUAUAGCAGAGCCACCUGCUCAAAGCAGUGGUCCUGCAUUAGUUAACUAGACUAACUGA